AUGGCUGAUAUCACUCAUAUCCCAUUGCGCCUUCUAUCCUGCCAGAUCUGUCUUAUUGCUGUGCUUCUUGAUUCCAUCCCAGAAAUCCGCACUCCACCCCACCUUCCCAAUCCAGCCCCCCUCUACUCCUUGAACCCGCGGAACAAUCAAUCGCAGUUGCCCUUGCCCUUUGUAAUUGGAAGUCUUAACACGCCUACAACCCCACCCUCGACCUUUCCCACCACUCCCUCUACACUCUCACCCUCACACACAAAACACUUCACUCCUCCCCGGUGUCUCGCGCCCUCCUCACUCCAUCAAAACGCGUACAUCACGCAUAUUCAGAUCUCGCACCCCGGCCGAGAAGACGCUGGACCGUGCGAGAAGCAAAUUGCACAGGUUGGAGCGGCGGCAGGGCACGGCGGAGCAGAAGGGCAGGCUUUGGGUGAGGAGGAAGGCGGUGGAGAGGAGAGUGAGGAGGGUGCAGAGCAGGGUUGA